GCACUUGGGCGUUGGACUCCGCAUCUUAUUAGCAACCAGGGAGAUUUCUCCAUUUUCUCCUUGUCUACAGUACGGCUACAAAUCUGGGAUUUUUUAUUACUUCUUUUUACUAAACUUGGGCUCCUUUUUUUUUUUUUUUUUUUUGCUCGACUUUUUCCUCCUUUUUUUUCCCCUCCCUCCUGUGCUGCUGCUGCUGCUGCUUUUUUUUGAUCUCUUCAACUUUAAUUUUUUUUUUUUUUUAAAAAAAAAGGAGUGCAUUAUAAUCGGUUCUGUUCUCUCUUCUCUUUUUUUUUUUCCCCCUCUGGUGUGUGUGUGUGUCGCUGCCGCUGCCGGUCGCCCGCUAUUUAUACCGACUCGACGCUCUUUGUUUCCCCUCCUUUUGGAUCUGUUGAGUUUCUUUGUUGAAUAAGCCAGCAUGGGUGCCCAGUUCUCCAAGACCGCUGCGAAGGGCGAAGCCGCCGCCGAGAAGCCCGGGGAAGCGGUGGCCGCGUCUCCCUCCAAGGCGAAUGGACAGGAAAACGGCCACGUGAAGGUGAACGGCGACGCCUCCCCCGCGGCGGCGGAGGCGGGCAAGGAGGAGGUGCAGGCCAACGGCAGCGCGCCCGCCGAGGAGACGGGCAAGGAGGAGGCGGCCUCGUCGGAGCCCGCCUCCGAGAAGGAGGCGGCCGAGGCGGAAAGCACCGAGCCGGCCUCCCCGGCGGAGGGAGAGGCCUCCCCCAAGACUGAGGAGGGCGCGACCCCCUCGUCCAGCAGCGAGACCCCGAAAAAAAAAAAGAAGCGCUUUUCCUUCAAGAAGUCCUUUAAGCUGAGCGGCUUCUCCUUCAAAAAGAACAAAAAGGAGGCCGGCGAGGGGGCGGAGAGCGAAGGCGGCGCCGCCGCCGCGGCCGAGGGCGGGAAGGAGGAGGCGGCGGCCGCGGCCCCCGAGGCGGCGGGCGGCGAGGAGGGCAAGGCCGCGGCCGAGGAGGCCAGCGCGGCCGCCGCCGGCAGCGCCGAGGCGGCGAAGGAGGAGGCGGGGGACUCGCAGGAGGCCAAAUCGGACGAGGCCGCCCCCGAGAAGGCGACGGGAGAAGAGGCCCCGGCGGCCGAGGAGCAGCAGCAGCAGCAGCAGCAGGAGAAGGCGGCAGAGGAGGCCGGCGCCGCCGCCACGAGCGAGGCGGGCAGCGGCGAGCAGGAGGCGGCCCCCGCGGAGGAGCCGGCGGCGGCGCGGCAGGAGGCCCCGUCCGAGAGCAGUCCGGAGGGCCCCGCCGAGCCGGCGGAGUAAGCGCCGCCGCCGCCCCGCGCCGACGAACUUUUCUCCCCCUGUUUGUUUGUUGGAGUGGUGCCAGGUACUGGUUUCGGAGAACUUGUCUACAACCAGGGAUUGAUUUAAAAGAUGUCUCGUUUCUUUUUUUUCUCUCCCCGCAGAUUUCCCAUCUCAAAUCAUUCUGUUACCACCAUUCCAACGGGCGAAGGAGGGCCUCGCCGCCUCCCUCCGCCUCCUUCCUUCUCUCCUUUUUUUUUUUUAAAUUUUUAAUUUUUUUUUUUGCAUCAGUAUUAAAUGUUUUUCGGUUUUUUUUUUCAGUUUUUUUUUUUUUGCAUACUUUGCAUCUUUAUUCGAAAUGUAAACUUUCUUUGUCAGUCUGUGGACGCGCCCAUAUAUGAAGGAGAUGGGUGGGUCGAUAAGGGAUCUCGAUGAAGUGAUAGGGGCCACAGUGGGGGAUCCGUGGCGCAUCCAUUGCCAAGAACGUGCCACGAGACACGAUGUGAGGGGUUAGUCUUUUUUUAAAAGAAAGUUAUUACGAUGUAUUUUGUGAGGCAGAUGUUCUAUAAGGUUUACAACACUACAAGUCUUGAUUAAGAAGGAAAGGAAAAAAAAAAUCAAUACCCAGAUAAAGAGAUCAUAGUCUUAGGAAUUCAUUUAAACCAUAGGAACUUUUCACUUAUCUCAUGUUAGCUGUAUCAGUCAGUGAUUAAGUAGAAAUACAAGUUGUAUAGGCUUUAUUGUUUAUUGCUGGUUUAUGACCUUAAUAAAGUGUAAUUAUGUAUUACCAGCAGGGUGUUUUUAACUGUGACUAUUGUAUAAAAACAAAUCUUGAUAUCCAGAAGCACAUGAAGUUUGCAACUCUUUCCACCCUGCCCAUUUUUGUAAAACUGCAGUCAUCUUGGACCUUUUAAACACAAAUUUUAAACUCAACCAAGCUGUGAUAAGUGGAAUGGUUACUGUUUAUACUGUGGUAUGUUUUUGAUUACAGCAGACGACGCUUUCUUUUCCAGUUGUCUUUGAAAAUAAAGGAAAACUCUUCAGAUGCAAUGUUUUUUUUUUUUUUUUUUUGUGUAGCAUCUUGUCUAUCAUGUUUUUGUAAAUACUGGAGAAGCUUUGACCAAUUUGACUUAGAGAUGGAAUGUAACUUUGCUUACAAAAAUUGCUAUUAAACUCCUGCUUAAGGUGUUCUAAUUUUCUGUGAGCACACUAAAAGCGAAAAAUAAAUGUGAAUAAAAUGUAUAAUUUGGUCGUGUUUCUUUCAUGGAUACUCUGGUAGCUUAAAUGGGCUGGUAUUGCCUAAAUUUAUAGAGAGAAAGAGAUGCUGCUUGCUGUUGGUGCGAGCUUUGAAAGCUGCCUUCCUAAUCCCAGGCUCUGUAAGGCUGUGCUUAUAGCAGUGGGCUGGGUAAACCGCAGCUUUCCCGGAUUUAAAAGGAGGACUGGAAGGCAGGCUGAGCACGCACGGCGUGUGAUGUUGCUGUCCAGGCUCCAUCUUGCUUUAAGACCAGAGGUAUCCAGCACGUGAGAUUCUGGCCUCUUGAGGAAAAUGAGAUGUAAUUGGAAUUGCUUAGCUUGGGGCACUGAUUUUACUUUUGUGUGCUGAGUUGCCUGAAAAUUAAGCUCUUGGACAGAUGUCCCUGUUUAUGUCUUAGUAUGCUGUCCCUGCUUAGGUACCUAGACGAUUAGCUCGAAAACUUUAGCCUGGAGGGAGAAAAGGGGUAUUAACACUGCCAUUCUGCUCAAGGUGGUUAAAAGCAAUAUUUUCUCUUUUUUUUCCUCAAGUGCUACUCCCGACUGCAGGUGAGUUACAAAACAAGUUCCAAAAUUUGUCUAUAAAAAUAAUCACUUGGUGCUUGCCUUUAAUUGUUAGGCUUCUUUGGCUAAUAUCCAGCAUUUUGCUCAGGGCAUAUUAUGCCUUAAUAAAACAGUGGGCUCGUGUAAGAAAAGCGGUAGUGAUAUUCGGAGGGUGGAAAUUGAUUCAAGAAAGUGUUGCUUCUAAGUUUAUAGGAGAAAGUUUAGUGUUACACUUAUUUGCUUCCACCUAAAUUUUCAGCGGAAACUCUUUGGAAGCAAUUAUGAUUCAUUUUAUGAGAAAAUGGCACGUUAGCACCUUGUUCCCUAAAGAACAAAGCCUAAACUGAAUGAAGUAUAGUAGAUUUCCUGCUGAAUGCGUACUUUUUCUUUCUUUCCUUUUUUCUUUUUUUCUUUUUUCUUUUUUUUUUUUUUCCUUUUUAAUUCAGCUGUCUACCAUUUUAACUUUGGCUUGUAUGUACUCUAGUUGCCCUGGUAUUUCUCUAUAGCUUUAGAAAUGUAUUGAAACUAUGCUAUAAUUGCUGAGGGACAAAAAUAAAUGGAUGUAAAACAAGAUCCUCCACACCAGUGUCAUUCUUGGAGUACAUGUGUUUGAAGUCUAGUGCAUAACUGCUUUGCUAAGGGGUUUUUAUAACAUGGCUGUAAAAACCUGUUCUAAGACGCAUGAUGUCUUGGCCAUAGAGUCAAUGUCUCUUUUUAAUAAAUAUAUAUAUUUAAAUCCAA